AUGAAUACGAAUACGCAAAAGGCUGACGAAAGUGUUUUAAGUAGCAUCAAAAUGGAAUUUCCACCUUCGAUUGAAGCGAGAGACUUAAUCUUGAGGCCAUCCGACGGAAAAAAGCCAAGAAGGUCUCCAAAUGCAUUUAUCAUAUAUAGAAAAUUGUUCGUUCAGACGGCGAGGGCGAGCGGAUACAACUUACAGAUGACUGAGAUUUCUAAGACAGCAUCUAAAUCAUGGGAAAACGAAUCCGAAUUUGUCAAAAAAUACUAUAAAAGGCUUGCCAAGGACGCAUACAAGUAUCGCAACGAAAUGUUUCCUAAAACAGAUCGAAGAAAAAAAAGACAACAAUGGAAUAUUGUUUCAUUUAAAUCAUCGUCUGAAAAGCAAGAACAAGAUAAUGAUAAUGAUAACGAAUCUUCACCAAAUCAAACACAAUUAUACUCAUCACCAACGGAGGACGUAUCCAAUAUUGUCUUUAAUCAAAUGCAAAAUAACGACACGAACGCUUUUCCGCUUAAUAUCCAACUAAAUCCGUCGUUCGUCGAUAUUUAUGCAACAGGCGCUAUCGGUUUACAAGGGUCACCUGGUGAGGACCUAAUUGAUUCACAGAUUUGGUCCAGUCCAGCCCUGUCGACAAGUAAUAGUCUCUCUCCAGAAAUUGACGAGUUUAACGGGUUUAGAGAAUUUGGUGAAAUUAACGAGUUUAACGAAAUUGGCGAAUAUUAUACACCAAUAAAUACAAUAAAUUCGAUAAAUACGAUAGAUUCGAUAAAUACCGAUACGAUAGAUUCGAUAAAUACGAUAAAUACAAUAAAUACAAUAGAUACGAUAGAUACGAUAAAUAUGAUAGAUACGAUAAACAUGAUAGAUAACGAUUUAUACAAUUAUAAUAAUUAUGACAAACCAAUUAAUUUUUUCGAUGUAUACGAAGAUACAUAUAACAAUUAUAAUAUGAUUAUUCCGAAUAAUCCAUUAUUUCAAUAUGGAAAUUUUUUAAUCGAUGAACCAGAAAAUAAUAUAUCACCUUGUUUUUAA